AUGGCUGCUGUCGUGGCAGAAGUCCCUCUUGUUGCAGAUGGUGAAUUUGCUGUGAGGAUGGAAUUCAGUUCAAGCGAAGCUGUUAUUAGGGUGAUGAAAGAGUAUGCUAUCCAAAAAAGUGUAGACUAUCGGGUGCAUGAGUCGGAGCCGUUGACAUUUUAUGCCAAGUGUACACAGUAUGGGGAGGGGUGUGAUUGGCUUAUCAGGGUUAGCAUGAUCGGCAGAAAGUACUGUUGGGUUAUUAGGAGGUAUAAUGGUAGUCACACCUGUACCAGAGCCACCAUUUCUCAGGAUCAUUCGAGACUGGAUUCUAACACAAUUGCAGAAGCAAUAAAACCGUUGGUUGAGGCUGACCCCUCGUUAAAGGUAAAAUCAGUUAUUGCAGAAGUGCAAUCGAAGUUCAAUUACACCGUCAGUUAUCGGAAAGUAUGGUUAGCUAAGCAAAAGGCAGUAGAAAAAAUAUUUGGAGGUUGGGAAGCAUCGUACGAAGCUUUGCCGAUAUGGUUUGAGGCCAUGUGUCAUAAGAAGCCAUCAACUAUCGUCCAUUUUGAUACUAUGCCUGCAUACCAAGGCGAUGACUUGGUGAAUGAUAUCCGGGUAUUGCAUAGGGUCUUUUGGAGUUAUUACCCCUGCAUUAGAGCAUUCAGACAUUGUAAGCCAGUUGUCCAGGUGGAUGGGAUUCACUUGUACAGAAAGUAUAAGGGUUAUUUGUUAGUGGCAGUGUCACAGGAUGGAUAUUCGAGGACGGUGCGCGAGUACGAAGUACGUUACCAGCGGUUACGAGAACGGGGCGAGGCUUACACUAACUGGUUAAAUCGAAUCCCCCGCGAACAGUAUACGUUAGCAUUUGAUGGUGGCUACCGAUGGGGUCACAUGACGACGAAUUUAGUAGAAUGA